AUGUGUUUAACAUUCUACAAUUUAGAGUUUUCCUGUACAUUCUCUCAUCCGAAUCUCACGACAAUCUUGAGAAACAAGGACACAAAGACACUAACAGCCAGUAGUUUCACUCUCACACACUGGUUCGCACUCGGACCCCCGCUGGCUCCCCGAGGGGAGUGGGCAGGCCCCUUCUGCGGGAUUUCUCUCCCUUCGUCCAUCUCUGGCCCAGCACCCCAUCCCCACUCCCGCCAGGAUCCGGGAGUGGAGGGGUCAAAAUCGGCUCCUCCCUCCUUCUCUUUCCUGGACCUGGACCCAGGCGCCCGACGCUGUGUAGGUUGUCCCCCACAUGAUCGCGCCCUACUCUGCCCCCUCCUUGGGCGGGCGUCUCCCUCCAGAUCCCAAGGCUCAGCGCCGCCAUUAGCAUGGAGGCCUGGGUUUCCGAAAGCGGACUCCUCAGAUUACUCCACUGGGGGCUGGGGAGCGGCGCAGGGAUAUCUAGGGGAUCCCUGCAGAGCCCCACGUCCUCAGGCCCAACUUAAGUGCACACUCUGUGGGAGUCAGAUGCACGCACAGGAGGAGCCGCACACCCCAGCCUUCGCCAACUUUUCCCGACUUCUAACAUUCACACGUCCAGCACCGCAAGGCCUGAGUGUGAGCAGUGGGCGUCCGCGUAGUUGUUUAGCCGCGUGUGCACGUCCGUGCGCUUCUGUGUCUUUGUGUACUUGUGCGUGGUUGUGAAACUCCGCUCUCAGCUCGGAGGGGUGGGGGAAAGUAGGAAUGUCGCCGGCCCGGCACUCACGUGGGUACGUGGGCUCAAGAGGGCCGGCUGCGCAUCCGGCGUGGGCGGCACUGAA